UUGUUCCAAUAAGACCAAUCACGUAUACUUACUCUCUAGAACCUACCACACCGGAUCAAUCCGUCAUCACCAGGGGUGAUAACCCCCAUCUCGAUGCUCUCUGUCUUUCUCCUCUCUGCCACUCCCCUCACUUCUUGCUUACUCCAUAGGGGAGUUCAAGACUAAUCUCUGAUUGGCGGAUUUUUUAGGACCUUGGAUUCACCAGAGGUUGCGGGUUUUAAAAGACUAUAUUCCCUGCAAACAGGAAAGUUGUCUUUUUUACGUGAUGGAGCACAAUGAGACAGGAUGCCAAGUUCCUCCUGGGGCUCCCAAGCUUUGUGUCAAUGGUUGUGGAUUCUUUGGUAGUGCAGCAACAAUGAACAUGUGUUCUAAGUGCCACAAAGACUUCAUACUGAAGCAAGAACACGCUAAACUUGCUUCAUCAUACCCUAGGUUUGCUGAGAAUGGAAGCUCUAGCAACACGACUGUUGGUGCAAUGGAUCUGCAACCUAGUUCAGCAGAGACUCCGGUCACCUCUAGACUGUCAUCCUCGAACUCAGCUCUGAAUACUGAUGGUGAUACAAUGGUGAAAACAGGUCCAAAUAGGUGCAGCACUUGCAGGAAACGUGUUGGUUUAACUGGCUUCAAUUGUCGAUGUGGAAAUAUUUUCUGUUCAAUUCAUCGCUACUCAGACAAGCAUGGUUGCACCUAUGAUUAUCAAACUGCUUCUCGAGAUGCUAUUGCCAAGGCCAACCCCAUUGUCAAGGCUGAAAAGCUCGAUAAAAUCUGAGAUAGAGAUUCCUGCAUGUGGAAGGUAUUACAUUAAGCUUUGGAUGCCAUGCACGAGUCUUCUACCCCAUUGCUCAUCUUACAUCAAGAUGUCAAAGGUUGAAUAACACAUGACCUGACAUCUUUCCAAAUUAUUAGCUUUCUAUACCCUAGAAGGUAGUGCUUGUUAGGCUAAGUGAAAUGGUGCAUGUAAUGUUUCACUUGUGGUUUGCUAUUUUAUUUCACUGUUGAACUUCUCUUGGUCAUCAUUGUCUAGACAGUCUCGGACAUUUGUGGUAUUUGAUGUCAAAUUUUCACA